AUGGCUUUGCGUGGCGAAGAGUUUGACUUUAACCUACGAGAAUGGGGUCGCAAAGGUCAUAUAACUCGCGGAAACUCAAGUUGUAGAAGGCUUUCUGGCUCCUAUAUUCGAAGCUUCCGAGAAGAUCACAAGUCGUGUAGAACAACUGUCACCAUCUCUAGUACUGCCUCUUCUCCUGGCUACUCUCUCGCAGAGGAAAUUGACCCAUCAAAUUAUUCAUUCACUAGUGCACUCAAGGGGUUGCAAGACAAGAAGAAUUGGAAUUGGUUGAAACCAGAAGGUGUUGAGUUACACUCGAAAUGGAACGAAGCGGAGAAAUAUAUCUGCAAUCCUUUGUCUGGUGAAGUUCCUAUGGAGUGUUUGUCUUCUAAAACCCUAAAUUCAAGAUCUUUUAGUAACCUAUCAACCAUGUCUACUCCAGUAAUGAGUCUACCCUCUAAUCGCAAUCUCAACAAUCCAAGAACGAUUAGUACUAACGUUAGAGUUCUUCACAAGGAUCCUAUAUCUCCCGAUCAUGUUUUUAUUAAAGAAAAGAAAGUUGUGAGGUUGAAAGAUGUGGGUGUCCAGAGUGCGCCGGUGAAUGUUAGUCGACGAGCGAACAUCCCGCCGCCGAUCAUGGAGAAAUCAACGAAAAUACAGGUGGAAGCUGCUGAUUCGCCAUAUGCACUCAAGUUGAAAGCUCAACAAGAGGCUGUGGUGAAAAUGGAAGAAGAGAAGCAAAAUAUGAUGACAAAAGAAAAUCAAGAAGAAAAGAAGAAGAAAAGAGGAAAUGGAUUAUUUUCAUGGAUGAGGAAAGGGCAAAGGCAGCCAACAAAAUCCAAAUGCAUCUUUCUCAUUUGUGUUCCUCGUCUUGUCAAUGCUUUUUGA